UGUGUUUGCCCUUAAGAAAGAUGGAGACAACACUUCCUGUUCACGGCUUUCGCCUUCAACAAAGAUGGUGCUUAUGGUACAGGUUCCCUAACAGUCUGGAUUCCGGUUGCGGUUUCUUUCUUUCUUUUUUUUUUUAAAUAUACGUGUUUGCAGACGGAGAAAUGGAGGCUAGAGACAAGCAAGUGCUUCGCUCCCUUCGCCUGGAGCUGGGUGCGGAGGUACUGGUGGAGGGACUGGUUCUUCAGUAUCUUUACCAGGAAGGGGUCCUGACAGAAAACCAUGUUCAAGAAAUCAAAGCUCAAGCCACAGGCCUCCGGAAAACAAUGCUGCUGCUGGAUAUCCUACCUUCCAGAGGUCCUAAAGCAUUUGAUGCAUUCCUAGAUUCCUUGCAGGAAUUUCCCUGGGUUAGGGAGAAGCUGGAGAAGGCAAGGGAAGAAUCCAUAACUGAGCUGCCUGCAGAUGACCAGAUGACUGGGAUCCCCCUGCACAUCCUCAACAGCUCCCCAUCCGACCAGCAGAUCAACCAGCUGGCUCAGAGGCUGGGCCCCGAGUGGGAGCCUGUGGUGCUGUCUUUGGGCCUGUCCCAGACGGAUAUCUACCGCUGUAAGGCCAACCACCCCCACAACGUACAGUCGCAGAUGGUGGAGGCCUUCAUCCGCUGGAGGCAGCGCUAUGGGAAGCAGGCCACCUUCCGGAGCUUGCACAGAGGCCUCCAGGCCGUGGAGGCGGACCCCUCGGUGCUCCAGCACAUGUUGGAGUGAUGGGGUCUCCCUCCAUCAAUCCACGGGGGAGUGUGUCCCCAAGUUGCAUGUGCAGAAUCCUGACUUUCUCCCAGGGCAGGUAGUUUUGGGGGCUUGGGGGGGGGUCUUUUCUUUUUAAUGAUCUGUAGAUGAAAGGAGAAAAUGGGAUUUCCAGUUGAUGUUACUUGAAAGGCCAGAUUACUCAGUAGCUCUACCACAUUGACUUGACAAUUCAUUGUUUUUAGUUGCUUGAAGACUGAAUUGUUUUAAUUGUGCAGGUUUUAAUUGUGUGAGUGCCCUUUAAUAAACUGGUAAAUCAUAAUGGCUCCAAAAACAUUACUGUCUUACAAUAUUACAUGCAGGUGUCCUAUAUAUAUACAGAUACAUAUAUAUAUAAAGCAUCUACUUUGAUAUUGCCUGGGAACUGAACUGUGGACUUUGCUGUUAAUGAUGAUGAUAAUAAAAAGUGAAUUACUCUAUAUAAUGUGGCCUUUCAUGAGACAGUAUUGUUUGUUUUUCCUCAUUUCCUGUAGUACAGAGAUUAAGGGUGUAAAAGUCCAGUAGUCCUUUUUUUGAAACAGAAUUACUAGUAAUAACAAAAUGGUUACUUUCUCCAGUCAGGAUAAAUCGCUCAGACAGGGCGUCUGAAUUAAAUUUAAGACAGUGAAGCUCUCUGCAAGACCAGUUCAGAUACCCGCAUGCAUCCCUGAGCCCUUCAUCUUUAAGAAAUUGCUUAAGAAAAUCCUGUGUUUAAAGGACUUAGUUGGGGGACAAAAGAGGGUGUGGUCUUUCCGUUGAGGUUGUCGUGAUUGAAGUGUUACGCUCCUAAGGAGUAUGACUUAGUCUUCUGUCUUUCUAUUAAUGACACAUGGUAUUUGUCAAAUGCUUUACUGUUUUCAAGGUUUUUCAUGUACGUGAUUUCAUUUGGGCCUCACAAAAAUCCUACGAAGUAGUUGGGCAAGAGAGGUGAGUCUCCUUCUGUAGUGAGAUUAAGUGAUUUGCUGGGGGCGAAUGAGCUAGAAUGUGUCUUUGGAGCCUUGCUUCUUUCCAGCUGCUCCCUGCUGCUUCUCCUCCCCUCUCCCAUGCUCCUCGAAGAAGCUUGAGUCCUGUUCUCCUGUUAGCAGCAUUGCCGUGGACAAGCUGCUCCUCUUCUCUAACCCUGCACAAAAGAGGAAAUGAUUGUCCCCUCCUCCAAGAUUUUUGUGAUAAUUAAGGGAAAAAUGUCUGCCCAGGACUCAUCUAGUGCCUGGCCCUUAGUCAGCUCUCAGAAGUGGUAACUGUUCAUUUGCUGCUGUGGCUGCCCAUGGAUGAAGUUCACAGGCAGAGCUGGUUAGUGGCUAAAGCUGAGGGCACUGCAGAAGGAAGUGCUGCGACCAUGUUCCCUGCCAAGCUUUAACAUGUGAUGUAAUUUACUAACUCUACCAUGGGUCCAAUCAAGAGAGGGACAGGAUGGGGCGCCUGGGUGGCUCAGUCGUUAAGCGUCUGCCUUCGGCUCAGGUCAUGAUCUCAGGGUCCUGGGAUCGAGCCCCGCAUCGGGCUCCCUGCUCAGCGGGAAGCCUGCUUCUCCCUCUCCCACUCCCCCUGCUUGUGUUCCCUCUCUCACUGUGUCUCUGUCAAAUAAAUACAUAAAAUCUUAAAAAAAAGAGAGGAACAGGUGAACAUUCCCAAUUCGUGAUCUGUUCUUCAGAAUAAUUGGGGGAUCUAUUUCCUAAUCCUAACCUAACCCAGGAUUUUUUGCAAAGGGAAAAAAAGUGUACUUCUUACCUCUCUCUGUUCUGGGACAAGUGUAUAGAAUGGUAGAGUUGAACGUGAAGUGACUGCUCCGAAAGGUGACAGUGGCAUGUCAAUUGCAUCCUCUCAGAUGUCUGGCAGCCAUAAUUCCCUUGACUAAAAAAGAUCAGUUACCUAACGUUCAACAAACAGUUCAAAAGGAUGGUCUGCUGGCCUCAUCAGCUCUAAUUUUCCGUUUUGUAGCCCAGCCAUUAAUUCAUUGUCUUAUAAAAUUCUCAGACUUUUGGCCCCAUCACUGCCCUAGUGAGACUGUAUAUGGCAUCUUCAGCAAACUGCCUGCCAUUCUGAACCUUGAACUUGUUACUUGCUGUUUGUCCCCCUGAGUUUGCUAAUAGAGCAUUGCUUUGGCUUUUGUUCUCACUGCAUUUUUGGCCAAGGGAGUAUGGCUGGGCUCUGCUGCAUCUGACUAGAUGGCAUUUUAGAAGUGGCUCUGAUGAUUAGUUAGUUCAUCUUCCCACCAUUUGCUUGGAAUCGGAAUCUAUCAUGCCAAAGACACUUCAGUGCUCUGUGAGCAGUGAAGGACAAUUUGUGAUGAACUGGCCCAUCAUGGGCUGCCAGGGCCAGGAGAGAGCUCUGACUUGUUGGCCUUAAUGAGGAGGGUGUCUCCACCGUCAAAUGGCAGCUGCACCUGCUGGGCCUGCUCAUGUUCUUUGCAGAAGAUUUGCAGAGUGCAAGAAACAGAGCAUCUAAGUCACUACCUCAUUUCUGCCUCUGGCUGUGGAAAGUGAUGCUGAAUGUCGUCUGCCUACCUCCCAGGAGAAAUGGGUAGGUGACCUGCCUGCAAGGAGUCCAUGUGUUUUUGCCUGGUAGAAGAUUCUACAGUUCCAAAGGCUGCCUAUCACCAACAGAAUCCUGAAUGAGUACAGAGCAGCGGCAGAGCAUUUGCAAGCACUGUCCAAAAAAAUAUAAAGUCUUGCUCCACUUUGGUUUGGGAUGCAUGUGAAUGUACAUUCAUGAGUAUGCCCUCUUACUUUUUAAAAUCUAUAACUUUUAUGAAUUUUUUCUCAGCACAAAAAUAGUGCAUGCUCAUUAUAGCAGUUUAGAAAAUACCAAUGAGCAAGAAUAAAAAAAAUUAAAAUUACCCUUACUCCAUCUUCCAAAGAUAACCACUAUGACACCCCAGUUUUAGUCUCUACCCCCAGUUACUUUCCUAUGGCUGUAUAUUCUUUUUAUAAUGAAAAUGAGAUUGUAUCAAAGCAACUAUAGCUAUAAUAAGUAGUUAAUGGAUACACAAAAUUAAAAGAGGUAGGUAUCCACAAUCCCAGUUUUCAAAGUAUACAAAGUAUAUACAAAGCUGUAGUAAUCAAAAGUAUGGUACUGGCACAAAAAUAGAUACGUGGCUCAAUGGAACAGAGUGGAGAGCCCAGAAACAAACCCAUGCAUAUAUGGUCAAUUAAUCUAUAACAGAGGAGACAAGAAUGUAUAAUGGGGAAAAGACAGUCUCUUCAACAAAUGGUGCUGGGAAAACUGGACAGUUACAUACAAAAGAAUGAAAUUAGACCACUCUCUCUCACCAUUCACAAAAAUAAUCUCAAAAUGGAUUAAAGACCUAAAUGUGAGACCUAAAACUCCUAAAAGAAAACAUAGGCAGUAAAUGUGAGACCUAAAACUCCUAAAAGAAAACAUAGGCAGUAAUCUCUUAGACAUCAACCUUAGAUGUCUUAACAACCUUAGCAAUGUAUUUAUGGAUAUGUUUCCUCAGGCAAGGGAAACAAAAGCAAAAAUAAACUAUUGAGACUAUACCAAACUAAAAAGCUUCUGCACAGCAAAAGAAGCUAUCAACAAGAUGAAAAGGCAACUUACUGAAUGGGAGAAAAUACUUGCAAAAGAUAUAUCUGAUAAGAAGUAAAUAUCCCAAAUAUAUAAAGAACACCUACAACUCAAUACCAGAAAAACAAAUAAUCCAAUUAAAAAAUGGGCAUACCUUAGUAGACAUUUUCCUGAAGAAGACAGAUGGCCAACAGACACAGAAAAGAUGCUCAACAUAAUUCAUCAUCAAGGAAAUGCAAAUCAAAACCACAAUGAGAUAUCACCUCACACUGUCAGAAUGGCUAAAAUAAAAAAGACAAGAAAUAACAAGUAUUGGUGAGGAUGUGGAGAAAAGGGAACCCUUGUGCACUGUUGGAGGGAAUGAAAAUUGGUGCAGCCACUGUGAAAAACAGUAUGGAGAUUCCUCAAAAAAACAAAAAUAGAAGUACCAUAUAAUCCAAUAAUUCCACUUCUGGAAAUUUACCCAGAGGAAAUGAAAGCACUAGUUUGAAAAGCUAUCUGCACCCCUAUGUUUAUUGCAGCAUUAUUAACAAUAGCCAAGAGAUGGAAGCGACCUAAGUGUCUAUCCAUAGAUGAAUGGAUAAAGAAGAGGUGGCAUACAUAUACAAUGGAAUAUUCCUCAGCCAUAGAAAAGAAUGAAAUCUUGCCAUUUGUGACAACAUAGAUGCAAUUUUAGGGUAUUAUGCUAAGUGAAAUAAAUCAGACAGAAAAAGACAAAUACCGUAUAAUUUCACUUAUAUGUGGAAUCUAAAAAACAAAGCAAAUGAACAAACAAAACAGAAACAGACUAAUAUGUACAGAAGAGAAAAUGUUGGUUAUGGGGUGUGGGGAGGGCGUGGAUUGGGAGGGCAGGCGAAAUAGAUUAAGGGGAUUACAAGGUAUAAACUUCUAGUUAUAAAAUAACAGCAUAGGGAACAUAGUCAAUAAUAUUGUAAUAACUUUGUAUAAUGACAUAUGUUAACUAGAUUUAUCAUGGGGAUCAUUUCAUAAUGUGUAAAAACAUCGAA